AGAUGGUUGUUAGCUGCCAUGUGGGUGCUGGGAAUUGAACCUAGUAUUCUGGCAAAGCAGCCAGUGCUCUUACCUAGGAACUGUCCCUCCAGCCCUGGAAAAGAAGCUUUUCUGGUUUCCUGAAAGGCAUCUUGAAGACAGGACUAGGCUCUCAGAGUCCCUGUUUGCUGGGACUUCCUCUCCUGUUCCAUGUAGGAAUGAGAGACUGAAGACACUCAGCUUGGCCUUUGAGGGGCAGAUGGACAGGAGAUCUGGUGUUUCUUUCAGAGUGGCCCCAGGGUAGGCACUAAAGAACCUCAGGAGUGGUGAGUAGCGGGCACCAGGUUGGCUUGUGUGUCUGUGGAGGGUGCAGGGAUUUGAAGAGGAGUACCGGACCCCAGCUCCCUCCUUGGCUACCCCCCUGCAGAUGUCAUCUGCCCUGCAGAGGGAUGAACCUGUAGACAGGAACCGGAUGGCAUGCCUGGGGACAUCCUCCACCCUCCUGUUGGUCUUCAACAUUGCACUGGCUUCUUCUUGGCCCCAGUUGAGAGUCCUCAGGACCCCAUGAGUAUGACUGGGUCCAAUGAGGUCCAAACCUGGACUUCCCUGCCCCCUCCACCCACACCCACCUCAGCAUCAGUCUGGAUGAACAAUUACCUAGAGAUCAUCUUUCUGGGGCUUAAGCGUGGAUGGGAGCAGAUGGGAUAUGAGCUGGGGAUUUGGGGAUGGGGAAAGGUAUCUGCUCCCCUUCCCCCACAUCCUGGCCCUUUAAAAGGCCCUCUCAGGUGUGGGGACCCUGUCACAGGCCAGGAGGAAAGUGUGGGAAAAACAAAUGAUGGAUCAGGAAGAAGAAAGGGGUGAGGGGGACUCAGGCCGUCUGAACAAGGUAAGAGGGCUCUGCCUGACUCCACCACCAGUUUCUUGAGGUCUCAGUACCCAUGACUGACAGGAUUAACUCAUUUGUAGGGCAUCUAAUUAGGAAGCAAGUCUCUGGGGUCCCCUGACCCAGUUACCACAACACAUGGGGGGUAUAUUAGGAGGGUAUAAGUGCCCCUCCCCCUGCCCAGGGCAAAUGGUUGGAUUCCUAGUACUGUUCCCCCCAAGAGAUGGUAGGUGCAAUGAUUUAGGGGCACUUCUGAGCCCCAUUUCUCUGGCAGGUUCACCAGACCAGGAAGGCUUCUUCAACCUGCUGAGCCACGUGCAGGGCGAUCGGAUGGAGGAGCAGCGCUGUUCCUUGCAGGCUGGUCCAGGCCAGACCCCAGAAAGCCGUGAGCUGGGCAUGAUGCAGGGCUGGGAGGGUGGCCCUGCUCCUGAGAUGGACAAUCUCAUGGAUAUGCUGGCCGACACCCAGGGCCGCCGCAUGGAUGACCAGCGUGUAACAGUCAAUUCCCUGCCUGGCUUCCAACCUAUUGGUCCCAAGGAUGGAAUGCAGAAACGACCCGGGACCCUCAGCCCUCAACCCCUGCUCACCCCUCAGGACCCUGCUGCACUCAGCUUCCGCAGGAACAGCAGCCCCCAACCCCAGACACAAGCUCCUUGAGCGUUCUAGCC